AGAAUUUAUCUGGACACCACGCUACCUCUCCAUGUAACUCAGUGCAUGCAAACCUAUGAUGACAAUUGCACGUCCCUGAAGUAUCCCGUCCUCCACAAUGUCCGACACGCCAGUCGAAAAACAACAACAACAACCCUCCCCUCCCUCCACCGCAGCCACCGCAACCACCGCAACCACCCCCUCCCCAACCACCCCUACCUCCAUCCGCAUCCUCACCCUCAACUGCUGGGGCCUCAAAUACAUCGCCAAACUGCGCCAUGAGCGCCUCACCGAGAUUGGCCGACGGCUGGCCCUCGCCACCCCACCGCCGGAGAUCGUCGGGCUGCAAGAAUGCUGGACGCAGGCGGACUACGAGAGCAUCCGGCAGCAGACGCGCCACAUCCUGCCGCACGGCAAGUUCUACCACGGGGGGAUCUGGGGCGCGGGGCUGGCGAUCCUGUCGCGCUGGCCGAUCGAGGAGAGCAGCAUGGUGGGGUACCCGCUGAACGGGCGGCCGACGGCCUUCUUCCGCGGGGACUGGUACGUGGGGAAAGGGGUGGCGUGCGCGCGCGUGCGGUUCGGUCCAUCCCCAAAGGAUGUGGCCGAGGUGUUCUGCACGCACCUGCACGCGCCGUACGAGCGCGAGCCCAACGACUCGUACAUCUGCCACCGCACCGCGCAGGCCUGGGAGAUCGCCAAGCUGAUGCGCGGCGCCGCCGAGCGGGGGCACCUCGUCAUCGGCCUCGGCGACUUCAACAUGCUGCCCGCCUCGUUCGCCCACCGCCUCAUCCAGGCCCACGCCCCCGUCCGCGACGUCUGGCAGGUCCUGCAUCCGGACUCCUCCCUGGGCGCCGCCAUCGACCCCGUCGAGCAGGCGCGCGGCAAGCCCGUGCCGUCGGCCGGGUAUAAUAUCACGGAGAAUGGCGCCACCUGCGAUGGGCGGUUCAAUACCUGGCGGUGGAGUAAGGAGGACCAGAAGCGGUUGCUGAAGAAGGGCGAGGAGAUCGAGGUCGACCCCGAGGACCCCUGUCCGCGCGGCAAGCGGCUGGAUUAUAUCUUUGUGGGAGAUGGAAGUGGUGGUGCGGGAUUGCGGUCUCCGUCAGCGGCCCCGAAAUGGUCCGUGAAGUCGGUCCAGCUGAGUAUGAUGGAGCGCCAUCCUACGCUGCGAUGCUCGCUGAGCGAUCACUUCGCGGUGGAGGCGGUCAUCACGCGGGAGGGGGAGGAGGAGCAGUCUGCGAAGCUGGAGGCCGAAGGGGGUAGUGCUGCUGUGGCUGCUACUGCUGACGAUGGUUCGUCACUCGCCCCCGACGCCACGCUCGAGCCAGAGACCUAUGACCGCAUCAUCGAGAUGAUUCACAAGUAUGUCCUGCGGGAACGCUCGCAGCGACGCUGGCGACUCGCACACUUUGUCGCCUCCGUGUUCGUGUCGAUCGGCUGUAUGGUGGGCGUUUGGUGGACGGGUGACCAUCUGCCGUAUGUGGCCUUUAUUCUGCUGUUCGUGAGCACGUUGAACUUUGGUGCGGGAAUCCUGGAUGGAUUGAUUGGGGGGUUGUUCAUGUCCAGCGAGCUGCGCGCGCUGAAGGAGUUUGAGUGGGAGGUUCGGAACGCGAAGCAGAUCGCCGAGGCGGCGGCUGCUGGUGGGAAGUCAAAGAGGACGGAAUGAGGUUGUAUGACUGUCUGUAUAAUAUGUGUGGUCUUUGUAUAUAAGUUAAUGUUUACUAGGCUGAGAUUGAUGAGCUGAUCGAGUUCUUUGCAUGUAUGAUAUGCCUGCAAUGAGUUUA